CAAAUCACGGUUUCUUGGGACGUGUAUUUUUCAUCCUUUUCAUCACAACACAGAAAUAACACCAGCAAGAUGUCUUGGAGACACCAAGGAAUUACCGGGUCGAACAACAUCCCCUUGGGGAGCCGCCGCCGCUUCGGAGGUGACGACGAAGAACAGCCCGAAACGAGCAGCGUUGACCUGAAGCGUGGACGCGACCCCGAACCUCGAAGCGAAGCAGAUGGCCCGCGCCGCCGCAAGAAGCGAAAUCGAUGGGGCGAUGCAUCCGAGAACAAGGCUGCUGGCUUGAUGGGUUUGCCGACCGCUAUCAUGUCGUCCAUGACGAGUGAACAGUUGGAGGCGUAUACCCUCCAUCUCCGAAUUGAGGAGAUCAGUCAAAAGCUUCGCAUCGAUGAUGUUGUUCCUGCUGAUGGCGACAGAUCUCCUUCUCCCGCACCCCAAUACGACAACCAUGGCCGACGUAUCAACACGCGAGAAUACCGAUAUCGAAAGCGACUCGAAGACGAGCGCCACAAGUUGAUUGAGAAGGCGAUGAAGACGAUUCCUAACUACCACCCACCCCAGGACUACCGCAGGCCAACCAAGACCCAAGAAAAGGUCUACGUGCCUGUCAAUGACUACCCGGAAAUUAACUUCAGUAUGAUUGCUAACCCUAACCAUGACUCCCUCCUAACCCCUCUAACCUCCCUUCUACCUUUCUGGGAGUCUGAUCAAACCCAUCUCUCCAUGUUUCUCCUCAAUGAAGUUGGCUUACUUAUCGGACCCCGUGGUAACACAUUGAAGAAGAUGGAAGGAGAUUCUGGUGCUAAGAUUGCCAUUCGUGGCAAGGGCUCCGUCAAGGAAGGCAAAGGCCGCUCUGACGCUGCCCACUCUAGCAACCAGGAGGAAGAUCUCCACUGCCUGAUCAUGGCCGACACCGAAGAAAAGAUCAACAAGGCAAAGCAGCUUAUUCACAAUGUGAUUGAAACGGCUGCUUCUAUCCCCGAAGGACAGAACGAACUCAAGCGUAACCAACUUCGAGAACUUGCUGCCCUGAACGGUACCCUCCGAGAUGAUGAAAACCAAGCUUGCCAGAACUGUGGCAAGAUUGGACACCGCAAGUAUGACUGUCCUGAGCGACAGAAUCUUACAGCUAGCAUCAUUUGUCGUGUCUGUGGUAAUGCUGGCCACAUGGCCCGUGAUUGCCCUGAGCGACAGAAGGGUGCUAACUGGCGUAACAAUGAUGGCCGCCCCAACGGGAGACCAGGCGGCGGCGAUGCUGUUGACCGUGAAAUGGAGCAACUCAUGCAGGAACUUGGCGGCGGCUCUGCCCCUGCCCAGAUCGAAGCAGGCCCUGGAGCCUACAACGACCGAGGCGGCGAUGCCAAGCCAUGGCAGCGUGGACCUACAGGCGGUCCUGCUCCUUGGAGAUCGCGCAAUAACGACUCUAACAAUAAUGGUUCAGGUUCAGGCUCAGGCUCUGGCUCAGCGGCGCCAUGGGCCAGAGACCGCAACGACCGUGGGCGAGACAACCAGAACAAUAACAACUACUAUGGCCAGGACUACAACCAAGGCGGAUAUGGUGGCUCUUCAGCUGCUCCGCCUUGGCAACAACAAGCGCCCGGAACACAAGGUGGAUACGGUAGCUACCCCGGAUAUGCUGGCUACAGUGCCGCACCUGGCAUGGGAGCUCCUCCUGGUCUUGCACCGGCUGGGGCCUCAGGUCUCCCUGCUCCCCCAGGUUUGGAUGCCACUGGUUUGAACUCACUCAUCCAACAAUACGGCGGAGCUGUCCCUCCCCCUCCCCCAGCAGGAGAUGCCCCCCCACCCCCUCCCCCAGGUGAUCACCCACCACCUCCCCCUCCAAGCGACCAACCCCCGCCGCCUCCGCCUCCUGGUGCUUAA